UGGAGCAAAGUUCAUCAGAAAUGGGCCACGUUUAUCGCAACACCCGAAAGAUCGAGUCGUCCUGCACGAUCGCGAGCGAGCAAGACGGGGUUUUAACGAUAGUUGCAGGAUAGAGGCCAGUCGAGCUCGGUUGGAUUGGUACGUUUUUAGUGGUCGCAGCACUCGAACGUGCCAGAGCGAAUAUAUUCUCCGCGAGUGCAUACACGCGUGCUGAAAUAGAUAGCAGUGAAUUCGCUCACGCUCCGAUUUUGAGAACGUGUGUGCGUGUCCGUGCGCCGGGGAUAUAGCCUUUAUAUUCUUGCUAUCUCGGUUCACGUGCAAAAGCGCCGCCUCUCCGAAUAUUUUCCCUCUAAUUUAAUUUGAACCAGUGGCGAAGUGCGGCGCACGCAGCAUUAUUUCGCACGUAUCGCGCGUGGCGAGGGGAGAUUGAGAUUGAGACGAGGGGAAAGUAGCAAAUGACAACGUAUGAUACGUUGGUGACUUUUUAAAAGAUCGAUUACACGAAAGCGUUGUCCACGGCGAGGAGCGCGGCACUUUCCGAUUCAAACUCGACGAGGAUCGUAACGGACGAGGAGGACGACGAGUCGAACAUCACGUUGGAAAAGUUCAAGGAAGAUUUCAAGGAAAGGUACAGAAGACUGAUACCCUACAUGACAUUCUACGUGGCCCACAACUUCGUGAACGGUCAACCACCGAUCUCGCAAGGGGUCGCAGCCGCGAAAGACGCGCAACAAGUUAUCCCCCUGGCGAGAAAAAAUCAACAGCAGUUCGCCAGGACGUACCAGACGAGCCCUCGAAGGGAGAGCAAUUAUCGGGCGAGCGCGCGGAAUCAAGAGAAGUUCGUCCCGUCGGUUCAAUACGACCCGAGGAACGUGGGUGCGGACAACGAUUACUUCACGCCCGUGAGAUACAGCUCGGAGAAGAUCAAUUACGAAUACGACCCGUAUCAAAAAAUAGCGGCGUAUCCCGAAAUACCGACGGUGGCCAACCAGAAUUCCCUGCGGAAGGAGAACAGAUACUAUGGGAACGGGAGGCCGUUGCGACCUUACGCGACGAACGGCGGCAACAGGGAAGCACCGGUUGUUGCCAGGAAGCAACCGAACAAACCUGUCCACGGUGGUAAUCACGACUACGUUCUGGAUUAUAACGUGAGGCCGGUCGGCAACGCUCCUAUCAAUUAUCCGCUCAAGGAUUUCCAAGAUCAUCGGCAAGUUCCGAACAUCGUCUAUCCGAACACGUUGGAGCUGAUACCCGGGCUGAGGCAACCUUCGUUGCUCCCACAAUUGCCACGAAAUCCUAGCGUGAAUCUCGAGCAGAUAAUGGAGAGCUUCCAACUGAGCGAGCGUUUGCCAGAAAUGUUGAACAACGAAAACAUAGACAACAGCUUGAGAACGUUGGUCGAGAUACUGAACAUUCUGCACACCACGAGGAAAGAAGAAUUCCCCCAGAUUCAGGCGCCGGUGGCGGCAAGGGUGCCGCAGAAGGCGGCCAAUUUCAAGGGGCGGCCGCACACGAGGCCGAAAGUGAUAACGGAGUCGAGGUUUCAGGCAACUCCCAAUCCGAUAUACCUGACCGACGACCCCGAACGUUACAAGGGAACCUCGUACGAGGAGGAAGAAGGGAGGCCGAAAGGGCAAUCGCCCCAAUCGGGUUACCAGAGCAACAGUUUGGUGAACAACGUGGUCGAAUAUUACAUCCCCGUGGUGCAAGAGAUACCCGCGAGGUACAAAGAGACGUACCUGCCUAAUACGAUCAGACCUAACACGCAGCCCGACGAGAUUCCUCCUAUCGGCCAUUCUUACGCGAUCACGGAGGACGUAAGGGAGGACGUAUUGCAGAAGGAAGAAUUUCCGUUGCCGUUUCUUACCACGGAGAGCCCGACCCUUUACACUUAUCACAGGCAACCGGACGAGAUCUCGAAGCAAAUUGUUCCUCAGACAGGGUUCAAGUAUGGGGCUACACGAGGAAAGGCUAACAUCGAUUAUCCGGCCUAUUCCAGUAUACCGCGUACGAAUUUCAGUUGCAAGGAGCAACGGUAUAAAGGAUUCUUUGGCGAUCCAGAGACUGGAUGCCAGGUAUGGCAUUAUUGUGAUCUUAACGGUGGUAAAUCAUCGUUUUUAUGCCCGAACGGUACGAUAUUCAGCCAAGUGGCGUUGACGUGCGACUGGUGGUUCAAUGUUAAAUGCGAAACUACGACUCAAUUGUACGUGUUGAAUGAACGACUUUAUAAGUAUAUACUGCCGAUAAUGCCAAAAUUCCCGGAGGAUUUCACCGGUCCGGAGGUAGACCGGUAUUUGGAAAUCAAGUUUAAGGAAAUGGAAGCGAAAUUGAAAGAGAAAAAGCUGAAGAAGCAGCAGGAAGAGAAAGAGAAAGAGAAAGAGAAAGAGAAAGAGAAAGAAAAAGACAAAGAGAAAGAGAAAGAGAAAGAAAAGUUCAAGGAUAAGCAACAAAUACAAGAGAAAAAAGAUGAUUGAUAUAUCUAAUUUAUAAUUAUUUUAGUUUGUUAAAUUAUUGUAAUUUUGCUGGUUCAAAUCUAGCAUUCAUUUACCGUAUCUUUGUUGCCAUUAUUUGUUAUAAAUAGCAACGAAUGAUUAUAGGUUGUGUCACUUAAAUAUCUUCUAGGAUGUGAAGAAAUUUUGUGAAACUUAAAAAUGUGCAAUAUUUUUGUUAUAGAUUUACGUGUGAUUUUCUUUUUAUAUAUAUAUAUAUAUAUUUUUUUUUUAGCGAAUAAGAAAAAUUUUUUAUAAGAUCUCUAUAUUGAAGAAAUCAAAUUAUUUUACCACGAUGAAAUAUUUAAACGUUAUAUCUAAUUAUUCAAGCCCUUAACAACAAUUAUAAAUGCGAACGGACACGGAUAAUCGAUAAUGUCAAUAAGUAUUUCUCUUUCCCCUCUAGUCAUAUUUAUACAGUGUAGUUAUUUAUGACAAGAUUUAAUAUAUUAUUUUAUAAAAAAUUAUUAUACAUGCAAAAAUUAAUGCUUGUUUUUAAUUUGUUAAAUACAUCAUAUACAACGAUUCGUAUUCAAUGAUAAA